CCCAAACUCCAGCUAGGGAGGUUAAAUCAGGUCUGAAACCCGACUGAGCACAUAUGGUUGAGUACGAUCUCAAAAAAAGACAAGAAACAAGAAUAGAAAGGUGGAUACAACCGUUCCCUGCUGGGGAUUAACACUGGGAUCAACUCUCUGGGACGGGGCGAAUGGAACAGCUGUGCUCUGUGGCUUGUUGUUAAGGGGCCCUGGACUUACCCAUGUCUGUAUACUGCAGCUUGGAAGUUGUAAUUCUGUCCUGUUGAGCAUUUGCUAGAAGAGAACUUAACUCUUCACUACCCUCCACAUAUCUGAGACACACGUAUCAAACCGUUUCAGGUGCUCCACUCUUCCUCUUACUGCCAUAAGAAUGGGAGAUUAUGAUGACGUUACUGCCUUCCUGGGUCAGAAAGGACCUUUUUUCUAUAGGACUUUCUUUCUUCUGAACACACUUUUCAUCUCCACCGGAUUCUUUGGUCUGUUCAUUGUAUUUGUUGGAGCAACUCCCCCACACCACUGUUUUGUCCCAGACUCGGGCAACCUGAGCGAGGCAUGGAGGAAGGCCAUCAUUCCCAUAGAGGUGGUGAACGGACAGGAGGAGGAGAGCAAGUGCAGCAGAUACAGGCUGGAUGUGGUCAGAAACCUGUCUGCUCUGGGCUACAUCCCCGGCCUGGACGUCAACCUCACUGAGGUGGAGCAGGAGUACUGUGUGGAUGGAUGGAGCUACAGCAAAGAUAUAUACCAGUCCACCAUAGUCACUGAGUGGGACCUUGUAUGUGACAAUGAGUGGAAAACUCCUUUUGCCUCGUCGACUCUUUUUGUGGGUUUCCUGAUUGGAUCCCUGUUGUCUGGACAGCUUUCUGACAGGUUUGGGAGGAAGAAAGUUAUUUUCGGCUCUCUUGUUGCCCAGUUCGUCUCUGUGCUCAUUCAGGCCUUCUCUCCCUCAUGGGAGGUUUUCUGCAUUAUGUUCACGUUUGUUGGGGCCUCUCAGAUAUCCCUCUAUAUCAGUGCAUUUGUACUGGGAACAGAGGUGUUGAGUAAGUCCAUGCGUGAAGUUUUCACUACUCUGGGGGCCUUUCUGCACUACUGUAUCGGCUACAUGACACUGCCCUGGAUCGCUUACGCAAUGAGGGAAUGGAGAACACUUCUCAUAAUCCUGUCCAGUGUGUCCGUAGUGUAUAUCCCAUUGUGGUGGUUCAUCCCAGAGUCUCCACGUUGGCUAUACUCUCAGGGAAGAGUAGAGGAGGCUGAGGCCAUACUGAGAGACGCUGCCAAGAGAAACAGAGUCACAGCACCAGAGGUCAUCUUUAAAGACACUGAGUUGGACGUGGCAUCUGCACCGAAAAACAAAUAUAGCAUGAUUGACGUUCUGAGAACCAGCAACAUCAGAUGUGUUACAUUGAUGUGUUUGUUUUUAUGGAUGGCAGUAAACAUGGGAUAUUAUGGACUCUCGCUAAACACAUCCAAUCUGAGUGGAGAUCCUUAUCUAAAUAGUUUCUUAUCAGCUCUUACUGAAGUCCCAGCAUAUGUAGUAUCUACAGUGCUCCUCAGGAACUGUCAGAGAAGACCCCUACUGUCAGCUUUCCUCUUAAUAGGAGGAGGAAUGCUUUUCAUGAUCCAACUCAUCCCUGAGAAUCUGCAAGGUGUUGCUAUAGCUGUGGAGAUGGUUGGGAAGUUUGCCUUCACAAUGUCGUUCACCGUGGUCUACAUCUACACCGCAGAGAUCUACCCUACUGUUGUCAGGAGUGCUGGCGUCGGGGUCUGUUCUUCAGCUGCUCGGAUCGGGACUAUUGCAGCCCCAUACGUCAUCUACCUAGGGAGCAUUAACAAGUACCUCCCCUACAUUAUAAUGGGAAGUCUGACUGUCACCUCGUCCGCUGUGAACCUCUUCCUGCCUGAGACAUUCCGCAAAGAGCUACCAGAGACUGUAGAGCAUAUGCAGCAAUGCAAAGGUUUGUGCAAAAAAGAGCCACGGAAUGCCAAUAUCCUGAAGAAAGGAGGAGAUACCCCAGCAAUAUUAAAUGAGGUCAAACUCUGAUAAGAAACCCUGAAUUGCCCAAUCAGCUCUCCUUAAUAUGACUCAACAAAACUGUGCAAAGCAGGAUACGCUCUAUGAUAAUGUAGACGUAAUGUGUGGGGCACCAGAUGCUGCAACGCAGGACUGUACCACAAUACAAGCUACCUAUUCUGAGGUGACAUGGUUAUGGAAAUGCUUGUACUGUGUAAGUGUGAGGAUUCCUGAUGGAACAGGGGUUCUAUUUUCUGUCAGCAAAUAGCAAUGUAUAACUGCAAAAAUACAGCAACAAUACUGUAUUACCCACAACGGUUGCAGCGAGAUUUAUCUCAAAACUUAUUUUUUUAUGAUGUCCUUGGUAAAGCUGAGAUUAUUGACUUGGAUGUAAAGUAAACAAUGUAACAAUGUGUUGCACAUGAUGCAAAAGAGAGCUGAAGUAUUCUAAAUUAGUUUUGAUUAGGGCCAUCCUGCCUAUUUACAGUGGGGCAAAAAAGUAUUUAGUCAGCGACCAAUUGUGCAAGUUCUCCCACUUAAAAAGAUGAGAGAGGCCUAUAAUUUUCAUCAUAGGUACACUUCAACUUCAACUAUAACAGACAAAAUGAGAAAUAAAAUCCUAAAAAUCACAUUGUAGGAUUUAUUUGCAAAUUAUAGUGGAAAAUAAGUAUUUGGUCAAUAACAAAAGUUUAUCUCAAUACUUUGUUAUAUAUAUAUAUGUUGGCAAUGACAGAGGUCAAAUGUUUUCUGUAAGUCUUCACAAGGUUUUCACACACUGUUGCUGGUAUUUUGGCCCAUUCCUCCAUGCAGAUCUCCUAUAGAGCAGUGAUGUUUUGGGGCUGUUGCUGGGCAACACGGACUUUCAACUCCCUCCAAAUAUUUUCUAUGGGGUUGAGAUCUGGAGACUGGCUAGGCCACUCCAGGACCUUGAAAUGCUUCUUACGAAGCCACUCUUUCGUUGCCCGGGCGGUGUGUUUGGGAUCAUUGUCAUGCUGAAAGACCCAGCCACGUUUCAUCUUCAAUGCCCUUGCUGAUGGAAGGAGGUUUUCACUCAAAAUCUCACGAUACAUGGCCCCAUUCAUUCUUUGCUUUACAGUCGUCCUGGUCCCUUUGCAGAAAAACAGCCCCAAAGCAUGAUGUUUCCACCCCCAUGCUUCGCAGUAGGUAUGGUGUUCUUUGGAUGCAACUCAGCAUUCUUUGUCCUCCAAACACGACGAGUUGAGUUUUUACCAAAAUGUUCUAUUUUGGUUUCAUCUGACCAUAUGACAUUCUCCCAAUCUUCUUCUGGAUCAUCCAAAUGCUCUCUAGCAAACUUCAGACGGGCCUGGACAUGUACUGGCUUAAGCAGGGGGACACGUCUGGCACUGCAGGAUUUGAGUCCCUGGCGGCGUAGUGUGUUACUGAUGUUAGGCUUUGUUACUUUGGUCCCAGCUCUCUGCAGGUCAUUCACCAGAUCCCCCCGUGUGGUUCUGGGAUUUUUGCUCACCAUUCUUGUGAUCAUUUUGACCCCACGGGGUGAGAUCUUGCGUGGAGCCCCAGAUCGAGGGAGAUUAUCAGUGGUCUUGUAUGUCUUCCAUUUCCUAAUAAUUGCUCCCACAGUUGAUUUCUUCAAACCAAGCUGCUUACCUAUUGCAGAUUCAGUCUUCCCAGCCUGGUGCAGGUCUACAAUUUUGUUUCUGGUGUCCUUUGACAGCUCUUUGGUCUUGGCCAUAGGGGAGUUUUGUGUGUGACUGUUUGAGGUUGUGGACAGGUGUCUUUUAUACUGAUAACAAGUUCAAACGGGUGCCAUUAAUACAGGUAGCGAGUGGAGGACAGAGGAGCCUCUUAAAGAAGAAGUUACAGGUCUGUGAGAGCCAGAAAUCUUGCUUGUUUGUAGGUGACCAAAUACUUAUUUUCCACCAUAAUUUGCAAAUAAAUUCAUUAAAAAUCCUACAAUGUUGUCUGUCAUAGUUGAAGUGUACCUAUGAUGAAAAUUACAGGCCUCUCUCAUCUGUUUAAGUGGGAGAACUUGCACAAUUGGUGGCUGACUAAAUCAUUUUUUGCCCCACUGUAUAUUCUUACCUUUACUUUUGGUAACUUUUUGCACUGGAAAAGGCUGUUCAGAAAAUAAUUGGUUAGACUUGCUUGUUUUUUUUCUCUGAGUUAGACUGCUGUACAGAAUAUGGUAAAGUGUUUGUAGUGUAGAGGGUUAGGAAUUUUUGUUUUAAAUAAUGUUUUUUGAGUAUUGUUUUGCUGUGGCACAUGGCCAAUAAUUAUUUCUAUUAGCAUUGCUGGUGAACUAAUAAUGAGGUAUCUUUCUCAUUCUAGUGGUGAGUACUGCAAAAAAAUCCCUGAAAAGUGAAUAUUUUAAUAAACGUUUAUUAUUGUCA